UGGCCUUGAGUUUAGAAUUCUUUGCUUGGUUUUAUGAUGUAAAAGUUUGCACAUUUCCUUUCUCAGAGAUGUGUGCCAAAUAAACAGCCACGACCACAGGUCGAGCUGAGCUGAGGGCAUGGUAAAAAAAAAAAAGGGCAGGUUACCAUAACAGGAACAGAAAACACUACCUAUCACGAGAUUACUAAAGCUACUCCUUUAGGAACUCUCUUUUGAGUAGACAGAAAGCAUCACAUCCAACAACAUAUCAGUCCCAUCAAGCAGGAGGAUCCAGUUUAACAGCAAUGAAUCACUCUGAUAAUUUCAGCCAAUAUGAUGGUGACUAUGAUGAUGAAGUCUGUGAAAAAGGAGAGGUGGUCAAAUUUGGAUCCAUUGUCAUUCCUGUUUUCUUCUCAGUUGUGAUCGCACUGAGCAUCACAGGAAACAUCCUCGUCCUUGUAAUCCUGGCUUUGUAUGAAAACCUCAAGUCUCUCACCAACAUUUUCAUCCUAAAUCUGGCCAUCUCUGACCUCGUCUUCACCACCGGUCUUCCCUUCUGGGCCAUUUACCACAUCUGGGGAUGGUUGUUUUCAGAGGCCCUCUGCAAAAUUGUGACUUUUAUCUUCUUCACUGGGUUUUACAGCAGCAUCCUCUUCCUGACCAUCAUGACCAUCUACAGGUAUCUGGCCGUGGUCCACCCUCUCUCUGACCUGAGCACACAGAAAAUCAGCUCUGGGGUUUUUGUGUCUGUCCUACUGUGGAUGAUCAGCAUUGGAGCAGCCAUGCCCUCCCUGCUCUACAGCACCCUCGUCUCAGUCCCCCACAAGGAUAAACAGUCCCUGGGCUGUGAAUACAAAACUACCCUGUGGAAAAACAUUGGUAUCUCCCAACAGAAUAUUUUCUUUUUGGUUGCUUUUGCAGUGAUGGCUUUCUGCUACAUUCGAAUACUAGGGAGAAUCCGAAAAACAAGAUCUCACACAAAGAAGAGAGCAGUUAAGUUAGUCUUCUGUAUCGUGGCUGUGUUCUUCAUCGGCUGGGUGCCGUACAAUGUAGUCAUCUUUCUGAGGAUUUUGGCUGACAAUGUGGUUGCACCAUUUGAUAAAUGUGAAGCAAGUAUCCAGCUUGACUAUGCAUUCUAUGUGUGCCGGCUCAUUGCUUUCUCCCACUGCUGCCUGAACCCGGUCUUUUAUGCAUUUGUUGGUGUGAAGUUUAGGAGCCAUUUGAAAUCAAUGCUGCAUCGAAUUCUCAUUCGCCAAACUCCAGUCGAAGAACAGCAUGUUAGAAUGCAAAACUUCUCACGUGGCUCAAUGUACUAGUUGCUGUUCAGGUAUAUAAUUUUCUUGCAUUUACUGCUGCACUACUGAUUUAAAAGUCCAGUGCAUUUAGUAAAAUAUAUUUAGCAUAAAUAUAGGAACUGGUUCAUAUGUUGCCGUUUGUAGCGAGCUGCAUUCAAUAUUCAAAUCUGGCUUUUGCUGUUUAUUGCAGCGUGCAUGUGUCUGUGUCAAACCUUUGUCUCUCACUUUUGUGAAGGUGAAUUUUCAAUUAUUGCUGUAAUUAUGACUUAUUCUGUAAAUUUAAUACAAUGUGUCAUUGCACCCAACAGCUAAACAUUAUUUUUUAAUAUAUUCUAAUUAUGUAAGGGGUUUGCUAAGAACCCUUUUGUUGUAAUGCUUGCAAGUAUGCUUGUAUGUUAACAUAGUCUAGCCAAUUUCAGUCUAUUAAAUUCUCAUUUUUCAGGAGGUUUACAUUUAGUUUAGUGUGGAAUAGAACGUGAUGGAUAUUAAUGUAAAACAUCUCAAAAAUGUUGAGCCCUUCAAUGGUCCCACCAAGUAAAAAGCAUUUCUUAGUCCCUCUGUGCAUUAAAAACCACAAUGACUUUUUUAAACUGACAACACAAUUUUUUUUAUGAGCCUCAACUAAAUAGUUGAGACUUUAAUUAAUGGUAAAAGUGCAUCUCUACCAAAUUAAAUGUCCAUUAUCAGCAAACAUGUAUUUUUUAACAAUCUGCAUAUAUUUGUAUUGAUUAAACAGAAAUGAAAGACAUUUUAUUUUCAUCAGACAUUUCUUUGAUCCUGGUUGAUAAAACAUUUUAUAUAUGACAUAAACAUAAACAUAAAAACAACUAAAUGUAAAAAAAAAAAAAAAAAAAAAAGACAAAAAGUAAUUUAAUAUGUAGUGCAGUCUUUGUAGAACACUUUGUAGAAGUCAGACCUACUCACAAAUUGCUGGUUUGCACACUCAGCCUUUGCCGUACACUUCAAUCUGGACACACCCUUUGGACAGAAGUUCCCCAGUGAUCACUUUGCUUACAUUUGGCUUUGCUGAAUCAUUAUUACCAGUAUUAGCAUUGAAAACAUUUCAGAAUGGCCAAAAAGGAUCAUGCUGAUAUAAUAAUGUCAACAAGUAUAAAUUGGAAUUACAUUUUGCCAGGACCCUCUACUUACACUCUUGUUUUACUGCAAAAUAAAGACUGAUGAUGCUUUCA